CAAAUCGCCGGUGGCAUGCACGCGCUCCCUAGUGCGCUCGUGCCUGCGUGGUCACCGACGCUCAAUGCGUGCUGUUGGUGUGACGAAGGCGAUGGGGGAGGGAAUUUCCUCCUCCCCCCUCUCUGGCGAGGGCGGGUGUUAUACCGUAGCGGAGUUACGAGUGCGAUGGGACCAACCGCGUUGACGCGCUAUCCGCUCUCGUCCUUCGCAAGGGGAGGAGGGAGGGGGAGGAGACCGAGCGCUUCGGUCUGCACGUUCGAGAGGAAGGGAUUGCAGGAGGGGGCUCGUGAUGAGAAGAAGGCGACGUGGAUGCUACGUGCCUUUCUUUCGAGCUGCUUGGGGUGGGGCUCCGAGUCGCUUUGACCCGGGCUCGACGACGCGACGUCGAGUGGGGUGUAACUCACGAGUUCAAUUAAUUACGACUCUGGCAUCUACGUGAAGCAAUACAACGCUUAGAACAAGCGGACGGGCUUGCCCGUGGUCGUCUUGAUGUGCAGCG